AUGUCUGGCACGUCGGCCGUUGUCCAAGACGCACAACAACAACUGCCUCGGAAUGCGUCCAUCGACUCAGCAAUCUCGGCUAUAUCCACCAAAGCACCUGCCCGGGAUGGCGCAACGCAAUCGAAUAGUGGCGGCGGCAGCAGCGGUGGCGCCCAAGGCGAGACCGAUAUCGCCGUUCUCGUAGCCAAGGCCGGCAGCCCCGAAGCUCUCAUCCACAGCCUUCUCAAGGAGAAGAAGUCACAACACCAACAAAACACCCAGCUUUGGCGCUUAGUCGACAAGCAGAGGGCCAUGAUUCUCGGCCUCAACAAGGAUUUGGAGAGGGCCCUCAAGGACAAGGAAAAGUACAGGACCAAACUCAAGGACAUGAUGGCCAACCCGGCCGUCUCUAAAGCCGCAGGACUUGUGCCCGGCUCUCGGGACGCCCAGUCCGACCGUACUAUCCCUACCAUCCCCGCUCUCGACAUCGAGCGUGCCACCGAUAGGGCCGCACUAGGCCCCGAAUCACCCAACUCAGACUCAGACGGCCAGAGGAGCUCGCCAAUCGACACCGUGCUAGCUCCCUACCCCAUCACGCCGCCCCUGGAUCAGUCCGCCAAUGCCGGUGGCGCCACCCAGCCUAUGCCGAAACUGCCGCAUGAUCCGGCCUUUACUGACCAGACCCGCAAGGAUAUUAAGGCCGAUGAGCAACAACAGCUGCGCGACCUGCACUUCCGAACCUCGUUACCGCCAUCACGUGGCCUGCCGCCCGACCCCCCCAAGGUCCCGCCGCCCAUGCCGCCUACGCGACUCGCGCCCAGCCCGUCCGCUCCCAACUUGUCCAUGCCUGGUGUUGCCGCCAACGAAGGUCUCGCCGUUUUCCCUGCUCCUCCUCGAAAGGGCCCUCCGGCGCCUCUCCAGCUCAGGUCGGAGCACCGUGACUCUGUCCAAGACGAGGAGACCGACUCGGAGCUCGAUGAGAUACUCGAUGUUGACAAUCUGGGGGAUGACCGUGGUCGGCGGAGAACCAGGGCCCAGGAUGAACAAGAUCGCGAGGCCCGGAGCCAAUCCAAGAAGAGCAGCGACAACAUUGGCAACGUGCCCCCGCAGACGACGUCCGCGAAACCUCCUCCCCUCUCUUCUGAGGCGCUGCAGCAGCUCGAGGCCGGAUCUGGAACCGUGGCCGGAUCCGCCUCGCUCGAUACCAUGCUCCAGGCACCUAGCACUAAUGCCGUCCCUUCUGGAAACGCCAUGCCCAUGAGCCCCGGGUUGCCCAUGAGCCCCCGACCCACCACCGCCACGUCCAGGGGAGGAGGUCCGCUCCGUUCCCCUCCCCCUCUAUCCCCGGCCGGCGGCUUCCCGGCAGCACCAUUGUCGCCCCGACCUGCUCGCCAACCGAUCCCGAUGCCCGCCAAUACCCCUUUCGGCUCUACACACCCAACCCAAGCCCCUCCGCCGCCGGCCAUUGUCGAGCAGUUAGCACCCGAGGACGCUCCGUCGUACUCAGCAGCGACGGGCAAUAGGGGCCGGGGCGUACGGAACCCUACGGAGCCGGAGCACGCCAGCCCAACGGAGCGCACCCGCAUCUACAAGGGACUCAUGACCGAUGAGUACCCCGACCUGCUGCUGGCCCCUAAUGCACUGCCGUCGAUUGCCAUCCAGGUAGCGUCGUCACGCAUGAAGCCGUCGCGUGCCAGCCUCAUCUCCCUUACGCAGUUGGAGGAGGACCCCGUCUUCACCCUCGCUGUCAUCUCGCGAGUCGAUGGCGGCGAGUUCUGGCGUGUCGAGAAGGACUUGGCGUCGCUCAGCAAGCUUGACAGCCGCCUGAGGCAGUGUGCCGCCUUUACCGCCCAGACACCCGACCGCACCCUCUUCUCCGGACACGCACCCGCCAAGGUCGACGCUCGCCGCGUUGUGCUUGAUCAGUACAUGGACGAGGUGGUCAACACGCCACUCGACCUGGCCACGGCCGUCGAGCUGUGCAAGUACCUUUCCACAAACACCCUGCCCCCCAAUGCCGACGAGACGGGUGCCUCAGCCGGUGGAGGCACUGAAGGUAGCGCCCACAUGAUUGGGCCGGACGGCCGUCCUAUUCGCAGCGGCUACCUCACUAAGAGGGGCAAGAACUUUGGCGGAUGGAAGUCGAGGUUCUUCCUCCUCGACGGUCCUCUGCUCAAGUACUACGAGACGCCCGGCGGCGCCCACCUGGGAACCAUCAAGCUCCAAAGUGCCCAAAUCGGCAAACAGUCCCAGAACAGCGAGAACCACUCGCCAACCAACUCUUCCAACCCCAGCAGUGAGGACAUGGAGAGUCAGUAUCGCCACGCCUUCCUCGUUCUCGAGCCCAAGAAGAAGGAUAUGAACACCCACGUCAAGCACGUCUUGUGUGCCGAGAGCGACAGGGAGCGCGACCUCUGGGUUGACGCGCUCCUGCAGUGGAUCGACUGGCGCGAUCCUGCUGAUGAGCCGAACACAUCCAAGUCUGGCGGUAGCGGCCAGCAGAAGGGUUCCGUGCCGGCUUCUUCCUCUCGCCACGGUUCCAGCAACGCGAAGCUCAAGAAGGGAAGCGGUAGCGGUAGCGGCGGUCACAGCAGCGGCCACGGCAACGGCAGCGGACACGGCAGCGGACACGGCAGCGGCCACGGCAGCGGCCACGGCAGCACCAACAGUAGCAGCCAGCCGAGGAGCGGCCACAAGGUCUCUGACUCGGACACGCUAGUUGGUAUGAGGUACGGCUCUACACAGGCGGGUGAGGCGCCGCAAACUGCUACGGCAUCGUCACCGUUGUCGGCAAGCCGACCCAAGACUGCAGGUGGACCUGGUGAACAAAGCAGCCACAACUUUAGCCAUGAUAUCAUGAGCUCGCAGCCUAAGAUGAUAUCCGGACCCAAGGACCCGCAGCCCAUCUCGGACUUGGCUGCUUGGGGCAACAAGGCGGGCGGUGGCGGCGGCGGCGGUGCUGGUGGAGGAAGCAGCAGUGGCGGUCUCGCAGCGCCGACGCAUGAGGAGAAGAAGGCGCGCAAGCGUAGCUUCUUCGGCUUCGGCCCCAGGCAGCGUUCGAGCUCAGACGGCCCAGACUUUGGAGCUGCAGGCGAUCGGUCCGGGGCCACACCGCCACCUGGUGUCAUGGGGACGGCACAGCAGCGACAAGUGUUCGGAUCGCAGCUAGGCGAGGCCGUGCGGUUCAAUCCACCGUCAGACGUUAAUGUCCCGCUGCCGUCGGUGGUGUACCGAUGCAUCCAGUACCUGGACUCUAAGGACGCGGUGCUGGAGGAGGGCAUCUUCCGGCUCAGUGGUUCCAACGUGGUGAUUAAGCAGCUGCGCGAGCGGUUCAACACGGAAGGCGACAUCAACCUGGUGACAGAUGAACAGUACUACGACAUCCAUGCAGUGGCGUCGCUGCUGAAGCUGUACCUGCGAGAGCUGCCUACGACGAUACUGACGCGCGACCUUCACAUGGAGUUCCUGACGACGAUGGAGAUGCAGGACCGCGGUGAGAAGCUAGCGGCCCUCCGCGAGCUGGCAGCCCGUCUGCCGCUUCCCAACGCCACGCUGCUCAAGUACCUCAUCUCUUUCCUCAUCAAGAUCAUCAACCACGCCGACAUGAACAAGAUGACGGUGCGCAACGUGGGCAUCGUCUUCUCACCCACACUCAACAUUCCUGCUCCUGUCUUUGCCAUGUUCCUCCAGAACUACGAGGCCAUCUUUGCAGUUGCCCCUGAGGAGUACGAGCUCCCCAUCCUGGGCAACGGCCUGGACGCCUCCCACCCUCCUACUCCUUCCCCCGUGCCCACGCGCUCCGAUUCUGGAGGCGGCGGUCGGGAAAGCCCGCGGGACGCUAGCUUCAUGGGCGGCAGCGGCAGCAGCAGCAACGCACGACAUGACCGCCAACCGCCCCGCGUCGACUCCAUGCGCGAUUAUCAGCAGAGGUCAAACAUGACGCCCACCCCUCCCCUUGUCCAGCCGCAACGCCCCGCUUACGAGGCCACUCCGUACGGCGCACCUCCCCCUUCGUCUGGGCUACCUCCCAGCGACAGCGGAACCUUGGUGAGCAUGGACCCAUUGGCCUCCCACCAAAACGCCAACUCCGGACAUGCCGGGGACGAUGACGCCGCGAUAUCAGACGGAAUUGAAUCGGAAUUCGGCGAAGAGCACCGCGAACACCAGCACUACGAGCAAGACCAGCACCACGACGAGUGUCGCGAGCAGGGACAGCACUACGGCGAGCAGCAAGAGCAUGACAACCAUCAUGAAUCUCCAUCCAGCAGCAACCACCCAGUGGGGGCAUCGGGGAGAUCCCCAGCAGGGAAGAAACGCACCCGCGCAUGCGAGGCCUGUCGGUCCCUGAAAGUACGGUGUGACACCAACACUAAUGUGCAAGGCUCGGAGUUGGGCCCCUGCAGACGCUGCGAGAGAGCCGGCAGGGAGUGCGUCGUCUUGACGAAGCGGCGCAAGAGACAGAGGAAGACGGAUAGCAGGGUGUCUGAUUUGGAGAAGAAGAUUGAUGCCCUCGCUGCGAGCCUGCAGGCCAGAGGAGUUGUCACUGUUGCGCAGCAACAUCGAUCUCAGCAGCAGAAGCAGAAGGAGGAUGAGGAUGAGGAGGAUGAGGGACAAUCGCGGCAACAACAAGGCCAACAUCACCGUUUUAAUGGGGGGGCAGGAGGUGCAGAAGGGGAAAAAGGAGUAGAAGGACAGGUGAAUGUCGCACUGUCGGAAGCAGGGUUCGGCGGUGUCAAGAGGCGGGCCACCAGCCCCCUGCAGCGGGACAGCGACGCUCACACACUCCAUGUCGGCACAUCCCUGGACCGGGAAGAAGGCGACAUUGUUGACCGUGGUAUCAUAAGCAUGGACACGGCGACGCGGCUCUUCACGCGAUACACGAUGCAGAUGGCGCCGCUCCUGCCGGCGGUGGUGUUCCCGGCAUCGACGACGGCGUGGGACUUACGUCAGCAGCGGCCCGUGCUGUUCCUGUCCGUCAUGGCGGCGGGGGCGUCGGAGACGCCGCCGCUGCACAGCGCGCUGCAGCGGGAGCUCAUGUCCGUGCUGGCUCACAGGGUGUUCCUCACGGGCCAGCGGAGCAUGGAGAUGGUGCAGGCGCUGCUGGUGUCGGUGCUGUGGCACUACCCGCCCGAGCGGCUGCAGGAGGCCAAGAUCUACCAGCUGGUGCACGUGGCAGCUGUUGUGGCCAUCGACGUCGGCAUAGACAGGCGGGCGCCGCAGUCGGGCCGGGGCUCGCUCGACGGCGCGGGCACGUACUGUGGCUCCAUCGAGCCCACCACCCUCGAGACGCGCCGCACCUGGCUCGCCUGCUUCUAUCUGGCCUGCAGCACGGCCGUGUCGCUCCGCCGCACAAACUAUCUCCCCUGGACGCCCUUCAUGACCGAGUGCGUUGACGUGCUGCGCGGAUCGCCCGACGCCGCCCCCACAGACCGCACCCUGUGCCACCUCGUCCUGCAGCAGCGCAUGGCCGAGGACACGUCGCGCUGCCUCUCCCUCGACGACCCGGACAUGGCCGUCGACGUCAACGACCCCGCCAUCCAGGCCUCCAUGCGCACCCUAGAGAGGUGCCUGGACGCCAACUGGAGGGACGUCCAGGCCGACGCCGAGCCUGACGUCGAUUCCGGCGGCGAGGGAACCAUGGCCGUCACCCUCGCCAUAGGCCACAACUUCAUCAACCUCCUCAUGCACGAGGUCGUCCUGCACACACUGUCCCCCCCGCACCGAUCCAACCCCUUGACGACCCAUGAGAUGUCCUCCGUGUCCACCUGCCUCUCAUCCAUAGACCGCACCCUCUCGGCCUUUGGAAGGCUCGACGCCCCUCAAAUCAGGUGCCUGCCCACCUUUGUCCUGCUGCGCGUCGUCUUCUGCGCCGUCAUCCUUGUCAAACUGUACUUUGUAUCAUCCAAGCCCGCCUCCGUUCUGGGCGCUGUGCUCAACAAGGCCAAUCUGGCCGUCCAGCACCAUCUCGAUGCCCUCAUCGACCGCUUCCGGGAGGCCUGCGAUGAUAGUCAUAGCCGCCCCGCCGCCAAGUUCCUCGUCAUACUCUCCAUGCUGAGGGAGUGGUUCGUCAAGCAGGAGGAUGCCGAUGGGACCAUCCCUCCUCCUCACCCCCCCGGAGACUAUGCCUCCUCCUCCUCAUCACCCUACCAAUACUACUUUCACAUCGCCACCCCCACUGCAACAGCAACAGCAGCAACAACAACAACAACAACAACAACAACAACAUCAUCAUCAUCAUCAACAGCCGCCGUCCUCCCCCCCUCCUAUACAGAAUACACCGCUACAUGUCUUUUUUGA